AUGAUAUCAUUUCAACCAAGCUACUACGUGAGCACACCAGCUUUGCUCAGCCCUUCAAGGCACGAGUAUGGCUAUCAGUCAUCUGCAGUUACUCCAUGUUUCUUUGAAAAUAACUUGGACACGGUCUUGAGCGCAUUACAAAGACAUAAUUACACAAGUCCACCGCCACCAAAGAUAAAACCAACUGAAGAUCAGCGUUCAUACUACGUGAAAAUGUCCAAAAAGUCUGGAGAUUUUAGUGAUUAUGGUGUCAAAGUCUACCAGGAUCAAAAGUUCACCCAUGUUUGGGUUUACUCAACAUCAGAUAAUGUAAAGAGACACUUCAAGUACCCCAACAGUGCAGUUCAAUAUGAAGGUAUCCGGGCGAAGGUCGCUCGCAAUGGGCGAUUCUUGCUGAUUCAGAUCCCAAAGAUCUCUAGACCUGACGUUGUACUGAACAUUGUGCAAAAGCGUCUCCAAUCUAUUGCAAACCAGGAGAGAAAAGAGAGAGAAGAGCUGGAAAGAAGAGAACUUCAAAGAAAAGCUGCCAUGGAACGUAAUAGAAGACUACGAGCCCUGGAAGAGCAGCAGCUCGCAGCUCAAAGGGAAUACUUUGAAAAAUCACUGCAAUCUGCAUUCUCGCCUUUCUUCACCUAUCGACUGGAAAGCAAGCAGAAGGACGAGCAGGAAUCCAACGCUGAAUCUGCUACUAACCAGGUAACUGCCAAACCUAAUGUGAUACGAAUUCCAGUGAAUCAUGUCGAUGAAAGUAAUGAAGUCAUUCCCACCAAGGCACCCAAGGCAUCCAAGACUGAUGUUGAAGAACAGCCAAAUGUGAACGACGUUGAAAAAGAGGCAGACAUGCAGGAUGUUGAAGAAAACCCGAAUACGCAGGAUGCUGAAUAUGAAACAGAACAGUUUUCUGAUUUUGAGGGUUUCUCUGAUGAUGGUGAUAUCGAGGAAGCAAUAGAACCAAUGGAUGAAGACGAAGAGGAUUCGGAUAAUUCUCAGUUUAUGGAAGAACCUGAAAUUUUAAAGAGACGUCCAUCUCCAUAUUCCAUCUCAUUCCCUGCAACACUAUCUGCUGAAUCAUCCUCAACGAAAGCUCCCAAAAUAAAAAAACCAAAUAAGAUACCAAUCGAAGAGGUAGAAGAUGAAGAGUUCAAACGGUUUUCCAGUUCCUCUGACAAUGACAGUUGA